AUGUUUUUCCUGGUAGUGUUGAAAUACUUCAAAAUUAAAAGGAGGACCAUGAUCAACUCUACACAAUCUUCACAUUUCACACUCUCUGCCUACUUUGAGACUGGGCUUGUCCAGUCCCUAUAUUUCAUGAUUGUUCUAUUUUUGUAUGUUUUCAUUGUUGGUGCCAACAUGUUGCUCAUUGUAGUUAUUUGUCUGAACAGAAGUUUACAUGAACCCAUGUACAUGUUUCUGUGCAGCCUGUUUGUGAAUGAGCUGUUUGGCAGCUCUGGGCUGUUUCCUUUCCUUCUGCUUCAGAUUCUCUCUGACGUUCACACUGUUUCAGUUCCCUUUUGUUUAGUGCAGGUUUUCUGUUUAUACACGUAUGGAAGUGUGGAAUUCACUAACUUGGCCAUCAUGUCUUAUGACCGAUACCUGGCUAUCUGUCAUCCUCUACAAUACAACACAUGUAUGACCUCUAGUAAGGUCACCUUGCUCAUAGCUGUUAUCUGGUUGCCUCCUGUUCUAGCGGUUCUUGUUUCAGUAUGUCUGACUGCCUCUUUACAGCUGUGUGGGAGCAUCAUAAAUCAGGUUUAUUGUGAUAACUACUCAAUCAUAAAACUUUCAUGUUCUGACACCACAGUAAAUAACAUCUAUGAACUUGUUGCUGCUUCUCUCACAUUCUGUAUUCCAAGCUCCAUUAUCCUUUACACUUACAUGAGGAUUCUCAACGUGUGUUUUUCUGGAUCCAAACAGACCCGGCAGAAAGCGGUCAGUACCUGCACACCUCAUCUGGCUUCUCUGCUCACUUUCUUUUUCAGUUCUUUCAUUAAUGUAUUACAGAGCAGAUUUGAUAUGAGCAGUGUACCGAAUAUUUUGCGAAUAUUCUUGUCAUUAUACUUCUUUAUAUGCCAGCCGCUCUUCAACCCUGUAAUGUAUGGCCUGAACAUGAGCAAAAUACGCAUCACAAGUAAAAGUCUCUUCAAAUUAUGAAAUGUACAAUAUCUAAACAUUUACUUAGCUCGAGAACACUUAACAAGAGUUAAACACAUUUUUUCUAAUAAAACCUUUAAUAAUUAUACUGAAGCAUGUAAAUGUACCUGUAGUUUUAUGAAGUGCAUUUGUCAAUUACUGUGUACAAAAACAUUAAUUGUAUGUAGACAAAAUGAUGUAACAACCAACAAUCAAUAAAUAAUCAGUGCCUAUAAAAUUUUAUUGCAUUGCACUCUUCAGGAUUUAUACGGUUACAAGAGUUAAUUCAAAUGUUCCCACAUCUAUAAAUUUAGUAU